AUGCCCUGGCAGGAAGAACCGCCAGUGAUGGCUCUCCAGCUCCCGAUUCAGAAGCGUGAGGUCUGCAGCUAUACCAGCGACCUGCGCGUCGGAAUUCGUCCACAGACCCCGGAAACACGAUCGCCGUCCGCCUUGUCCGCGGAGACCUUUGGCGACGCUAACCUGGCUAACCUGCAGGUGGACGGAACAAGAUUGUUCCUCCCCCUGGAAGCCCAUGACUACGAGUCUGCAAUGACGCCAAAGAAGCCGAUUGCAGCAACGGAGCCAAAGAAGCUCCACGGAGCAGCUUUCACGAAACGGCAUCCUGGGCGAAAUGGCCCGAGAUCAGCCGGUGAGGGGCUUCCCAUGCGUGGGCCCCCUCCAAUUUGCAACCGCCGGCGCCUCCGUGCCGGCAAAUGUGGCCCACGCUUCCAGCCGUAG